AUGGGCGGGGAGCGACUUGUUGGUCACAUGCACGCUUGGGGUUCCUUUCCUCUCAGUACUGCAACGACCGUUUUCAACGUGCUGCAGGCACUGACGAACAAUACUAGCAUCAGUGGGGGUGGCAAUCCUCACCCGCACGGUGUGUUGUUGGAUGCGGCCAUGGCAAUAUUGUUUUUGGCCCUUGGGAAAUAUGUACACAGGUUCUUGACGGAAACGUGGCCACGCUGGAACUUGGCGCAACUGAGAAAGUUGCUUUCGUUAGACACCGCCGAGGAUGCGGCGGCUGUCGAUGUGUUUAUAAAUCAACCGGAGGAGUUUGUGUUUGACAACGAGUUGUUGGUGUUAGCGCUGGAACGGUAUGUCUCGCAUUUACUUCAUUCUGGGAACCAGGCACGGCAAGGCGAUAGUAUUCGUGAGAAUGCGAGCAAUAAAUCCCCGGCAAAUUUGUCCUCCCGACUCUUUUACGAGGCGGAGUACUGCUAUGGUCCAAUUGCUCUACUGAAGUCGAGCCAUCGCAUGAGUGCGGCAGAGAUGCUGCGAAAGCAUUACUUCCUGUUUACGCUUCCCGCAGACGGUGAUCCGACGGAGGUGGAGCCUGGUCUCACAAUCUGGUUUCAAAAGCAGUUGGUGAAUGUCUCAGCGCUCAGGGAAGGCAGGAUUCUUCCGCGUCGUGGAGGGAAGCCCGUCAUGGAAGCCUUUAUUCCCCUUAACUUUGAUGCCUCCCCAGUAGUAAAUGCCUUUACAGAUAUCCGCACCGCGGCAGAGAACGCAGUAAGUAACGUUCGCGGUACCGACAAUGAGGUUGGUGGUAGAGAUGAUGAUUCGGAGUCUUUGAGUGAAGAAGACGACGACUCUAGCACCAAAAGUGCCUGGCAAAACAUGAAGAAGGUGUUUGUGCAUCAAGCAAUACUGCAAUGUACUGACAAAAGUAAAAAGGGAAAGGAGCGUAUAAUGGAUUUUGCUAGACGUGCGUAUGCGUGGUACACCAAAAAUGCCGUCGAGCCAGUGGAACGGUACUACUUUCUUUCCUCCACUUCCGAGUUGCACCGUGCCUUGGGGCUGUGUCCAAAACUACCUUCAGGAGCUUUGCAGCGCUGGCCUAUGAGGCAAUUUGUUCUUCCCUCGGCUGGUUUCAGCUUCCGAAAUCUGUUUUUUGAACAGAAGGCGCAGCUGUUGGCUCUUCUUGAAGAGUUCAAGCAAAAACAGGGCAAGUUUGCACUACCGGGCGUUGCACAUCAGCUGGUUAUCCUUUUGCAUGGCAUGCCGGGUACGGGAAAGAGCGCCAUUGUACGCAACAUUGCGUCGUUCCUUGAUCGUCAUAUUGUAGCACUACCCAUUGAACAUAUUCAAACGGACAGCGCGCUGCGUGGUGUCCUUUCUGGUGCUGGUGU